GAGGAAAGAGCCCAGGAUACCGUCAUCUCAUGAAUAAAUAACUGCAAAAUUCUAAACUAAAUUCCCUCUGUGACACAGACAUGAGCUUCUUCUUCUUCCUUAGACCUUCUUCUUCUUCUUCUUCUUCUUCUCCCCAGUCUCUUUGCUUGAUCUGUACUGUUUUUAUAUUUUUGGUCUUAUUUCUCAUAAAUGUUGAAGGCUUUAAGCCUUUGAUACAGCUCCCACGUUCUCCAGCAGCUAGGCCCAGGCUCGAGACAAAAAUCCUUUACGUCAAUCAAUUUGGAGCCAAAGGAGAUGGUGUUCAGGAUGAUACUGAUGCUUUCAGAAAUGCUUGGAAGAUUGCUUGUGCAUCCAUCACAAAAGCAAGUAUCGUAAUUCCACAUGACAAGAAGUUUCUGGUCCGACCAAUUAGCUUUGGUGGCCCUUGUCGAGCGAAGGUGACUGUGACGAUCUCUGGCACCAUCAUUGCUCCCAAGGAUCCAGAUGUUUGGCACGGCUUGAAUCCACAAAAAUGGCUCUAUUUCCAUGGGGUGAACCACCUCACUGUGAGAGGAAGUGGCAUUAUUAACGGGAGGGGACACAAAUGGUGGUCUCAGUCUUGCAAGAUCAACGCAACAAAUCCAUGUGAACAUGCUCCAACGGCUAUAAUCUUUCAUAGGUGCAAGAAGUUGAGAGUAAGGGAUAUUGCAUUGAUUAAUAGUCAAAGAACACACAUUGCAUUCACUAAUUCAUUCCGGAUUGUGGUGUCUGGUAUCAAAAUGAUAGCUCCUGCUAGUAGCCCAAAUACUGAUGGACUCCACAUUAGCUCUUCCUCUCGUGUCAAUAUCAAGGAUAGUAUUAUUAGAACAGGAGAUGACUGCAUCUCUAUUGUUGGCAAUUCUUCAAUUAUCCGAAUAAAAAAUAUUGCCUGUGGUCCAGGCCAUGGUAUAAGUGUUGGAAGCUUGGGCAUGGGAAAUUCAUGGGCUCAGGUGCAUGAUGUCAUUGUUGAUCAAGCAUUUCUCGCACAUACUAAGAAUGGGUUGAGGAUCAAAACAUGGCAGGGAGGUAGAGGUUUUGCCAGCCAAAUUACUUUCCAGAAUGUCUUGAUGGAAAAUGUCUCACAUCCAAUCAUUAUAGAUCAAUAUUAUUGUGAUUCUCUUACGCCAUGUCUGAAUCAGACUUUGGCGGUUAAAGUGGCAAAUAUAUCCUAUGUGUCCAUUAAAGGAACUUCGGCUACAGAGGAAUCAGUAAGAUUUGCUUGCAGUGAUAGCUUUCCAUGUGAAAAGUUAUAUUUAGAAGAAGUUCAACUUUUGUCCUACACCGGGAAAAAUACAAGUUCUUUUUGUUGGGAAGCUCAGGGCUUGACUUCCGGUUCGGUAGACCCCCCUGCUUGCUUCUCAAGCAAUGGAACCUUUAUUGGGCAGAAAGCUGAUAGUGGCUCGGCUCUUCAGUCCUUUUAACAAUGGUCAUGCAUCAACAACUGGAGAGCUUUGUUGGAUUCAGCCUCAAGUGGCAAUGAUAAAUGGAGUUUUCAGGUGUCCGGCACAUUUUGGUGGCUGCACUGAAGGACACCAUGGUUAGUUUGAUAAUUUUUGUAUAUACUUUCGCUUUGAAUAGACAUUGUUUAUAGUCUUCACACUGCAUGAAUUACAGUAUAUGAGUGAUAUUUAAGCUUCCGCCAUUUGGGCUUAUUUCCAUCAGCUUUUACUUUUUCACCAAAAUUGCCAACUAGUAACAAUAUGUAAAAUCUUAUCAAUGAGAUAGUUCUUAUGUUUCCGGUUGAA